AUGAGUGCACCAAGUAGAGAAAAAUCAACCGAGAGAACGGAAGAGAACACAGAUGACAGCUCGAAUGCCGAAGAGAUUGUCGAAAGGAAGGGCCGGAAAAGUUCCGUAGUGUGGAGAUAUUUCGGCUAUUUGAAGUCUGACAAAAAACAGAGUAGCACGCACUGUAAGUUGUGCCGACAGCAUGUUCCCACCAAGACUGGAAAUACAACUAACCUGUUUCAUCACCUGAAGCAGUGCCACCCACAAGAGCACGCUCAAUCUCUGACUGAAAGUGCUAAUUUGUCAUCGAAAACAACCGGGGGAAUCCCUGCGAAGCAGCAACAGUCAAUUGAGUCGGCUUUCUCCAGCGUCUUACCAUAUGACAAAAAAGCUAAGAGACAUAGCGACAUAACGAAUGCCAUAGCCUACUGUCUUGCUAAAGACAUGCUACCAAUAAACACGGUCGAAAAUGAAGGAUUCAAGCAGCUAAUUAAGGUACUGGAUCCUCGUUACCAACUCCCUGGACGUAAACAUUUCUCUCAGAUAGCGCUUCCAAUGCUAUAUAGAGAGUGCCGUGAGGCUGUUGAGAAGGAGCUACAAACUGUAUCGUUCUUCGCUACUACAUCCGACAUGUGGUCAAGUCGCACGUCAGAACCUUACCUUAGCCUUACUGCCCACUAUAUCGACCAAGACUGGAAUCUGAAAAGCAAAUGUCUUCAAGCUGCCUACCUUCCCGACGACCACACGGGUGAAGUAAUUGCAUUAGGACUGUCAGAAGCGCUUGCAUCCUGGGGACUGAGUGAAGACAAACAAGUCUGCAUCACAACCGAUAGUGGGACAAAUAUAGUGAAGGCCACAUCCCUGAAUAACUGGACCCGGCUGCAGUGCUUCGGACAUCGACUUCACUCAGCUAUCGAAAAAGCCGGCAAAGACAAGAGGAUGGAGCGAGCUGUGGCCGUGUGUAAGAGAGUGGUGGCCACCUUCAGUUUCUCUUGGAAGAAGAAAAGGGAAUUGGCUGCUGCUCAGGAGGAGCUUCACCUACCCCAGCACAAGUUAGUGACAGAGUCGCCCACCAGGUGGGGCUCACGCCAAAAAAUGGUUGGGAGGGUUCUGGAGCAACAUAAAGCUAUCUCUCAGGUCCUCAGUGCAGAUAAGAAGACCAGGCACUUGGUUCCUUCCUGGCAAGAUCUAGAUGUUCUGGAGUCUGUGCAUGUGGCCCUGAACCCACUACUGGAAUUCACAGAUUCACUUUCUGGAGAGUGUUACGUGAGUGUGUCCUACCUCAAGCCGAUGCUUCACCUUUUCAGAACACAGAUUCUGAAACCAUCUGAGGUUGAAACACAACUUACAAAAGACCUUAAGAUGACAGUCAUGACAUACCUUGAUGAAAAGUACAAUGACCAGAUUACAAAUGAACUGCUUGAUGUUGCAACCCUGCUAGAUCCGCGCUUCAAAGUACAAUACAUUAAUGCAGAACACGUUGAUGCCAUCAAAAUGAGAGCAGUGUAUGAGAUGUUGGGGCAAAUUGAGCACCCAUCCACUUCAGCUGGAACGGAGGAAACAGAAGAUGGUGGAGCUGCUGCAGUACUACCAACCCAGAAGAAACAGAGAAAGUCACUGGGCAGUUUCUUUAAGAAAUCCCACCCCACCAGCACAGGGCUCACUGAGAAAGAGACAGUUGAAAAGGAGCUUGAAAAGUACUUGCUGGCACCUGAUGCAGACAGUGAAAUGGACCCACUUGAGUGGUGGAAAAUCAACAACAGAAGCUUCCCAAGAGUUAGCUGCCUGGCAAAGCGCUACCUGUGCAUCCCCGCAACCAGCAGCCCCUCUGAGAGGGUAUUUAGUACAGGGGGUAAUAUUGUGACUUGCCACAGGGCCGCUUUAAAGCCUGAAGCAGUGGAUAGACUUGUCUUCCUGUCCCACAACCUGUAG